AUGACUCCUAAGGCAGAAAUUGAAGAUACACCCAGUCCAGAGUGGAUUAAGUAUCAGCAGGAAAGAUUUCAAAACAUAUAUAAGCUACCAGAGACUUUAACAAAUAAGCCCCAACCUAAGGAGCCUGUAGUAGUAGCAGCUUCAAAUAAAGUGCAUAGUAAAAUGGAAACAACUUCCAGGCAUGAAGGUGCUCAUCACAAGGAAGAUGAACAAGAGCAGGCAAAGCACGCCGAGUUUGAGAGUAAUAAUGCGGAACAUACUGAAGAUUUUAUGAAAGAUUCAAUGACUGGAAAUGCUGUCGAAUUUCCUUCCAUACAGGGUUUUAUAGAAUUUAUCAAAUCUUUGAGACAAAACUGGAUGAAAAAUUCCAUAUUUCGUAUUGAUGAUAAAAUCAAAAUGUUGCACCAACUUAAGGAUACAUUAUUGAAAACCAUAGAACAACAAUUUAUGGUUUUAUGGCAAGACGAUAAUGAUGAAGAGAACGCUGAGGACCAUGGCCAUGAAAUUACAAAUAGUGACUCUCGAAAAAUGGGUGAAAAUAAACGCAGCAGCCAUUUACGUAGCAAACGUGGUAUUUUAGAUGAAUCUAGUAUAAAUUUUCCACCACAUGCGGCCUUAAUGAGUAUUAACUUUUUAACAUUUGCAGUAUUUUUAAUCAAAUUAGUAUUGCAAGUGGUCAAUAUCAUAAGAACUAAACAUUAUCAAUUAUCAUCAAUGGACACAGGAGCCAUACGAAAUGGUUGA